AUGGGGAAUCAAUGCUCCGGGCCAAAAAGAAUAGACCUUACCUCCGGCACCAGGCUUUAUCCGGUGCAUAUUAGCUUAGCUGCACUUAAUAGGUCGACUUCCUCUCUGGCGGCCACUCAGCUUACCCACGCUACACUUCCACUCCAAGCUACGCCUGUUGAGAAAGAUGCAUUGCAAUUUCCUCUUCUAUGGACGCACCGGAAUAUUCUCCAGGAUGAGAAGAUAAAAACUUUUAUGGCGGGCUUUCUCUCGUAA